CAUUCCACUAUCCGUUUGACAGCAAGCAGAGUGCACGGUACAGCCUUCCAACAAAUUGUAGUGCACGCUGACAGUCCAGCUAGAAAACUUCCAGGGACUAUAUCCCCGAAGCCUUAUCUCAUUAUACCUCAUUUGUCUUCCUUACACCACUUGUAAUAUUUAGUUCAUCUCCGUGACAGGCUGUAUAGCCUUUUGAAGAUUACUAGAAGAAAAGAAGAAGAAGAAGCAAAAUAUGGCAGCAUCAUACUUUCUCGUCUGUUUCUUGGGAUCCAUUCUCUGUCUCGCUGCGUCUUCACCCGUCACGCAAGGUGACGCCUCGACCUCAGCGAGUCUGGAAGAACUUUCGAGAAAUUUCCGGGAGUUAGUGAGUGAAUUGAGACAAGUUAUUCCAUUGCUGCAGCCCUCACACGAAUCCGGUUCGGAAACGAUCGGAGAUAGCCCAGGGAACCACUGGCCCAAUCGGAACCGCCGAAGUGGAGAUUUAUCACUCUCGGCUCUUGCGACAACGUUCACGAACGAGUCCGAAGCUGCGACAGGAAUCGAAGAGCUGAGCCGAAUCCUCCUCGGCCACCAUUCGCUCACACCAGCUGGUGGCACUGUAUAUACGCACUGGGGACGAGACGACUGCGCUGACGGAUCAGAACUGGUCUAUUCAGGUAUGGCUACGGGUGCCUAUUACACUCACACUGGCGGUGGUGUCAACUAUCUUUGCCUCCCCACGAACCCAUCUACAGUGAAAUUGAGACAACUGCCCACGGGAGUAGAUCCCUGCUUUACUCUGCUGAAUACCAAACAAACACAGCUCCACACCUGCAGAGUCUCCACGACCAAACACCAGCCUGUGCCGUCUGCCGUGCCCCACCAACCCGCCUCACGAAGCUCAUGAUUCGCUCGUAACGAAUGCCCAUCUUCAAAAUGGCGUCUGGAAUACAAGGGGUAUCUCAUGUCGAGUUUGUACACGCAAACGACCAGGACCGAUUUCGUCUGCAUGGACGAGGAUGCCAUGGGAGUUCCUGGAACGACUGGCAAUCAGCAUGGGGCCCUUUUCUACAUGGUAGAGGCUCGGUGCUCCUCAGGAGGGAUCCAGUGUGGCCCAUAUGUGAACGGCUAUGAGCUAACAUGUGCUGUGUGUACCAUUUAAACCUAUUUAGGGGUCAACCAUUUGAAUUGAUUUUAUUUUAAUUUAUUUUUUAUUUUUGCAUUUUUCCAAAUAUAAUAUAACUGAAUAACAAAGAAACAUAAUUAUAAAUGUAAGGUAUAAUACAAUUGCAAGUGGACAAAAUGUUCGACGGUCCCGAGCCAAAAUUAGGACCACAAGACCAUUGCUGCCGAUC